AUGCGGUGGCGGCUGCCGGGCGCCCGUUCGACCCUCCCCGCUAGUGUCGCCCUCCUUCUCCUGCCUGCCCUGGUCGCUCCGCAGCAGCAACCAGACCAUGACACCAUCUCCCGUCUCUCUGUGCCCCGAGCACCAGAGUCAUCCACACAUGCAGCACCCGUAGCUGCACCUCCCAUUGUGAAAUCCAACGAUGCGAGCGCCCUUGCUACUCUGGCUCUGGCAGGCUCCGGCCGCGCCGUUCGAGCCCCUCCUGUCCAAGCCAGCAGCACAGCUGCAGGCCUGGCUUCGCAGCUUCACGCGCGGUCCUUGCAGGACUGGGAGGUCGAGGAUUUUGUGCUACUGGCGACCGUCGACGGAACUAUUCACGCCCGUGAUCGCAAGACCGGGGCUGCGCGCUGGGCCCUCGAGGUUCCUUCCAGUCCUGUUGUUGAAAGCAUCUACCACCGUGCGAAUCGUUCCGACUUUGACGAUACCGAGCCCGAAGACGAUUUUUUGUGGAUUGUUGAGCCUAGCCAGGAUGGCAGUCUCUAUAUUUACUCUCCCGGCCCGGACGCCGGCUUGCAGAAACUCGGCUUGACGGUGAAGCAACUUGUCGAUGAAACCCCUUAUUCUGGUAUUGAUCCUGCCGUGACGUACACUGCUCGCAAAGAAACUACGCUUUAUACCAUUGACGCUCGGACUGGAAGCAUUUUGAGGGUUUUCAGUUCUCGUGGCCCUAUUACUUCUGGACCGGAGUGUCGGAAGGUCGAUGGGCAAGACGUGGACCCUGAGGAGUGCGAGUCGACUUCGGGUACUUUGGUGCUGGGUCGCGUUGAGUAUGCUGUCGCUAUCCAGAACACCGAGACGGGCGAUCCGAUCUGCACAUUGAAGUACUCGGAGUGGGCGCCAAACAAUCGUGACAUGGACCUCCAGAGCCAAUAUUAUCGCACAAUGGAUCAGAGUCAUAUCUAUAGCAUGCAUGACGGUGUGGUGUUAGGAUUCGAUCAUUCGCAGACAAAUCGAGCUCGUUAUACUCAGCGGUUCUCUUCGCCUGUGGCUCGUGUGUUUGAUGUGGUUCGUUCUUCCAACAAGGACAGACCGGGCAAUUCCACUCCGCUGGUUCUCUUGUCGCAGCCUCUGCAGCCUCCAGACCCAGAUUAUGGUUCGCUUGAUGAUGAGCGUGACAUGCGUGUGUUCAUCGAUUGUACUGAAGCGGGUGGUUGGUAUGCCUUUUCCGAGGAAACGUAUCCUCUCGCUACAGGACGCGCCCCAAUGGCUUCUUGCUAUGAGAAAGACUUUUUCCGCAGGGGCCAGGCACUGAUGAGUCUAACUCCGCACCAGCAGCGAAAUGCUUUGGCGGGUGUUCAUUCACUCAGCGGUCCUCGUAUAGUCCGUUCUCCCAUGCCCAGAAUCGCUGGGUCGUCCACUUCUGAGCUUUCAAAUGACACUCCUUGGGAGGCUUUACGCAGCCCUUCUGAACUGGCACUGCCUCCGGCUCUUCGCAACAGUGCAAUCAUUCGCAAGAGUUGGGACAAUGCAUUGGACAUUGUCGUUACUUUGAUAUUGUUGUUCAUCUGCACCUUUAUCUAUUUUAACUCGCAUCAUCUUCGAGACUUGGCCAAACAGAAGCUCGACAUCAAGAACAUCAUUAACUCAAAUGACAAGGCCUCUCUAUCCACCCCCUCCACUCCUCUCGUUGGCGCAUCUCCGGACAUUAAGCGCCCAUCCACUCCAACUCAGCAAGUCCCCAAUGUGACUGUUGAUUUGGAUAUGGAUGGCUCAGCCCAGAGCGGAGAGACCGAGAAGGCUACCUCUGCAGAGCAUAUAUCCCCAGACGCAACACCACGUGUCAAGAUACGUGAGCCAUCCCGGGGCCCGGACGAUGAGGAGGGCGAUGAGAAUGAGAAGCCUAAGAAAAAAGGCCGCGCUCGUGGCUCUCGUGGUGGAAAGUCUCACCGUCGCCGCAGAAAGCCUGGGAGUGAAGGCGACACCACCGAAGUUGCCGAGCAGGUUAUCGAUCAAAUUGGUACCUUGGGUCCUCAGUCUCGACUUGAGCCUGAUGUACAGUUGACCCGUCAGGUUUCGAACGAGAUCAUGGAGAUGGAUGGUGUCAUCCGCAUUGGCCGUCUCCAAGUCUUCACCGAUGUCAUCCUCGGCUUUGGCAGUCAUGGAACCGUGGUCUACCGCGGUUCUUUUGAUGGACGUGAUGUGGCAGUCAAACGUAUGCUGAUGGAGUUCUAUGACAUUGCAUCCCACGAAGUGGGCUUGUUGCAGGAGAGUGAUGAUCACCAUAACGUGAUCCGGUACUUCUGUCGUGAGCAAGCCACUGGCUUCCUGUACAUUGGUCUUGAGCUUUGUCCUGCAUCUCUCCAGGAUGUCAUUGAGCGUCCUGCUUCUUACCCAGACCUUGUUCAAAGCGGCCUGGAUCUGCCAGAUGUACUGCGCCAGAUAACUCAAGGCGUUCGUUACCUACAUUCUCUCAAGAUCGUUCACCGUGAUCUGAAGCCUCAGAACAUUCUCGUGGCGAUGCCUCGUGGUCGCAGCAUCUCUCGCUCAUUGCGUCUACUCAUCUCUGAUUUCGGUCUUUGUAAGAAAUUGGAGGACAAUCAGAGUUCUUUCCGGGCGACCACAGCCCAUGCUGCGGGAACCUCUGGCUGGCGUGCCCCCGAGCUCCUGGUAGACGAUGAUGGUCCAAUGUCGCUCGCUUCACAACACACUGAGUCCUCGGAGCCUGCGGUGGUAGAUCCACAGACGAACCGUCGUGCGACCCGUGCCAUCGACAUCUUCUCUUUGGGCUGUGUCUUUUACUACGUCUUGACUCGUGGUAGCCACCCAUUCGAUAAGAAUGGCAAGUUCAUGCGUGAGGCGAACAUCGUGAAGGGCCAGUUUGAUCUAGAGGAAUUGAAUCGUCUGGGUGAUUACGCCUUUGAAGCUGAUGAUCUCAUUCGCUCCAUGUUGUCCCUGGACCCUCGUCACCGACCCGACGCCAGCGCUGUCCUCAUGCAUCCCUUCUUCUGGCCCCCUUCCGAUCGCCUCAGCUUCCUCUGCGACGUUUCCGAUCACUUCGAAUUCGAGCCCCGCGACCCACCCUCGGAUGCCCUUCUUUGUCUGGAAUCCGUUGCCAGACAGGUCAUGGGCUCAGAGAUGGACUUCUUGCGCUUACUGCCGAGAGACUUCAAAGACAAUCUCGGUAAGCAACGCAAGUAUACCGGGUCACGCAUGCUUGACCUUCUUCGUGCUCUUCGUAACAAGCGCAAUCACUACAAUGAUAUGCCUGAGUAUCUCAAGACUCAUAUUGGUGGUUUGCCCGAGGGGUACCUCAACUUUUGGACUGUUCGCUUCCCGAGUCUCUUGAUGAGCUGUCAUUCUGUCAUUGUCGAGUUGGAUUUGACUCGCAUUGAUCGGUUCCAGCGGUAUUUUGUACCGCCUGAGUAG